AUGUCACUGUCAUCUUCCAAAACAAAUCAAAAUGGUAAAUCUCCCGAUGCCACUGUUCAUCUUAUAGCUGGAGCAAUAGCAGGAUUAAUAUCAGCAAUUACAUUACAACCAUUUGAUUUAUUAAAAACAAGAUUACAACAACAACAAUUGACUACUAAACAUGAAGUUAGAACUACUCUUACUAAAGAAUUGAAAAAACUUACUCGAAUAAAAGAUUUAUGGCGAGGGACUUUACCUUCAACUUUAAGAACUUCAAUUGGAGCAGGAUUAUAUUUCACUACAUUAUCAAAAAUGAGAUCAAGUUGGGGUGAUUAUAAACAAUUUAAAGAUUCAUCAAUAAAUUUAAAAUCUAAUUCAUCAAUUUUACCUAAACUUACUCCUUUAGAAAAUUUAACUAUUGGAUUUAUAGCUCGAGGGAUUGUUGGAUAUAUAACUAUGCCAAUAACUAUUAUUAAAACUAGAUUUGAAUCUAAUUUAUAUAAUUAUAAUUCCAUGUAUGAAGGUAUUCUGGGGAUUUAUUUGGAUGAUAAACAACAACAACAACAUCAUCAACAACAUCAACAACAGACACGGUCUAAAAGUAAAGGGUCUUGGAAGAAUUUUUUUAAAGGUUCAGUGGCUACAUUAGCUCGUGAUUGUCCUUAUGCCGGAUUAUAUGUAUUAACAUAUGAAUCUUUUAAAAAUGAUUUAAUCCCAAUGAUAAUUCCAUAUUCAUAUAAUUUGGGUGAUAACAAAUCAAGUAUUAUAAAUUCAACUGCAGCAGUAUUAGCAGCAAGUACUUGUACAACAAUAACAGCACCAUUUGAUGCAAUAAAGACUCGAUUACAAUUGACAAAUGAAGGAUCUAUGACAACUGUAUUAAAAACAAUGUUACAAGAAGAUGGAGGAAUUAAGAAUUUAUUUAGAGGAUUACUGUUACGAUUAGGAAGGAAAGGUAUUAGUGCAGGUAUAAGUUGGUGUAUAUAUGAAGAAUUGAUUAAAAGUAAUUAUUUCCAAUCUAAAUUUAUUAAAAAAGAUGUUCCAUUAAAGUGA